AUGAUGCUCCCCUCCCUCCGCAGGGCUCAGAGUGGAAUGCGGCAAACCUGGAGGAGCUACAGAGAAACAGGGUCAGCCACAUCUUGAACAUGGCCCGCGAGAUUGACAACUUCUACCCGGAGCGCUUCAUCUACCACAACGUGCGCCUCUGGGACGAGGAGUCAGCCCAGCUGCUACCCCACUGGAAGGAGACACACCGCUUCGUGGAGGCCGCAAGAGCCCAGGGCACCCGGGCGCUGGUGCACUGCAAGAUGGGCGUCAGCCGCUCAGCUGCCACGGUGGUCGCUUACGCCAUGAAGCAGUACGGCUGGGGCCUGGAGCAGGCCCUGCGCCACGUUCAGGAGCUCCGGCCCGUCGCCCGCCCCAACCCUGGCUUUCUGCGCCAGCUGCAGACCUACCAGGGCAUCCUGACCGCCAGCCGGCAGAGCCAUCUCUGGGAGCAGAAAGCGGGUGGGGCCUCCCCAGAGGAGCCCCUCGCCCCCGAUGUCUCUACACCUUCCCCACCGCUUCCGCCAGAGCCAGGGGGCAGGGCGGAGAUGGAGGCUAUGGGUUUGGAGGAGAGCCAGGCAGCCCCAACAGAAGAGCCUGGACCACGGCCCCGCAUCAACCUCCGAGGGGUCAUGAGGUCCAUCAGCCUCCUGGAGCCUUCCUCGGAGCUGGAAGGCGCCUCAGGGGCCAGUGACCUGCCAGAGGUGUUUUCUUCAAAUGAGUCUUCAGAGGAAGACCCUCCAGAGACCCUCCCUCAGCUCUCAAAGGCCAAGGGAGGCCGGCGGGGCCACAAGGGGCCUUGGCCUGCCCUGAAGUCCCGCCAGUCUGUGGUCGCCCUCAACAGCGCUGCCCUGGUGGCCAGCCGGACCCAGGCCUUCCAGGAGCAGGGCGGGGCUGGCUGCGCCUCCACACCCAGGCUCCGGGGGAAGGUGGUGAGGCAGGCCAGUGUGGAUGGCAGUGAGGAGGAGGGCGAGGCCUGAGCCCCCACACAUGCCCCUGGCCCCCAGAUACAAAUAGAGGGACCGGCACACAGCUCCUGGGACGAGCACCCUUCACUCCUGCCAACCUGUCCACAUUCCUUUUAGCUCCUCCCCAGGUGGCCCCAACAUCACUACAGCCUCGGCUGCUGCAGCCUUAAGUCUCGGACAUGUCCUCCUUUCCAAGGGCUCAAGACCUUCUCUGUCUAUAAUGGGGAUGUGACCGAGAGACUGAAGAUACCUUUGGGGGCAAGAACACCUUGCUUCAUUCUCAGUUGCUGCCGGGAACAUUCACUUGCAGCCACAGAAUAAAAGUUUCCCAGUGCAGAAAGGCUUCUGCUCCCUCCCUCACCCACUCCCAUCUGCCUCACCCCUGCCCCCUUCAUUCCUGGGGUCUGCUCGGCCAGAGACCCAGUGGCCCUUAAAGGCCGAGAGUAACCUCAGUCCCCAGACCUGGAGGCUCUGAGGAGCGGAGAGCUGGCCCACAGGUGGGGCUGGCGGGUCGGCCUCCCUCCCACACUCCACAACCUGCCCAUCUUUUGCUGCUGCCCCCACCCCCCACCACUCCCCACAGCACUGCGCUGGGUCACAGGACACCAGGCCAAAGAGAGUCUCCUUUUUGUCCUUUACAGCCUCUGGCCAGUUUUUCACAGUCUUAAUAAUAUCUGGCUUUGUACUUAGAAAUAAAAAACAUUUUCAUAUUA